AAGAUCUACUGGCUCACUGGACUCGCCGGCAUCGGCAAGACGGCCCUACCCAACUCCAUUGCGAGCGUGGCUCCGGAGAGAGAAUGGCUUGUUUCGUCUUUCUUCUUCAACCGGAUGUCGGACGAGAGAAACACAUCGUCACCACCCUCGUCCGCGACCUGGCGGGCAGAGAUAUGGACAUCGCAGAUGCCGUUGCGGAGAAGCUCAGCUAUGACGUGAGCUUACGAACAACUCCUGAUAUCGAGAGACAGUUUCGGAAGCUUGUCAUUGAACAGUGCAAGGAGUGGAGCAGGUCAGAGCCAGCUGUAUUCGUGGUCGAUGCUCUCGAUGAAGGCUUGGACGAAGGCUUGUUACAUCUUUUGACACGUCAAGUGAAAGAUUUACCCAGUUUCUUUCGCGUCGUCAUUACUUCCCGGCCACUAGCCGAGAUCAGCUCCGCUUUCGAACAUGUGGAAAACAUAACCCGGAAGUCGCUUGAUACGAUGGACAUGCAAAGCCAAGAGGACGUGCAGACUUAUCUUGACGAGCGACUUGCAGCUGUAGCCAUCAAACGGCGUCUAGGACAACCGUGGCCAUCACGGCCUGCGGCCAAAGCGCUGUUACACCAGUCUGAAGGCUUGUUCCAAUGGGCAUUCACGGUAACCGAAUACUUAGGAAAGUGCAUGAAUCCGAACCGGCAGUUGGAUCUCAUUAUUUCACUCCAACGCAUUCCGUCCGUCGCCAGUCGUAUGGACCAGCUGUACGCUACCGUACUUGAUGGGACUGGGGGAACAGAUGACGAAGAUUUCGUGAACGCUUAUCAAAUGUUUAUGGGUUCCAUCUUGGCCGCGAAAGAACCGCUGACUCUGUCGGCAAUGCGUCUGUUGCAUGGCAAUACGGAUGUCGAUCCCCUGGAGCUCCUUGAGCGGAUGGGUUCCUUCGUCGUUGGAUUUGACAGUGAGGAUGAACCCAUCCGUAUUUUGCAUCUGUCGCUUCGGGAGUAUCUCGUGGACAGAGCGACUCCCCCGUAUCGACUAUCUCAAGUCCACAACAGUGAACAUCUCGCUUUUCUCUGUGUGCGAGUCAUCAAAGAUCACCUAAGCAAGACGUGUCGUAUUUUGAAGCCAAAACAAAGAUCCCAUGCCCAGAGCUUGACUUGCCCAAUUCCCCGAGAAUCGAUGUCGGAUGGUCUUACCUAUGCAAUCUCGUUCUGGACCCACCAUCUUCCUGACGUUCGCGAUCCUACCCCAGAGUUUAUGUCCGCCUUAGAAUUAUUGCUGGACGAACAUCUGCAAGACUUAGUGUCCGUUACAAUCGCCCUAGAUGAAUACAAAGGCUUCUCUGAUGUGAGGAGAUGGCUUCAGAACCAUGGUCCUGCUGGAAAACAAGCCCUUCUCCGUAUAUCGGAUGACCACUGGGUCUUCUUGUUCACCUGGGCUUCUGCGGUGCUCAUGAAUAAUUUUCGCGUGGAAGAAGCAUGGGCCGCGGCCGACGACAGCGUCGCGGCGGCUAUUGGAAUUGCGGACGGCGGAACCGGAAAUGCUUCUCUCGCCGAAGCUGCUCACACGACAGUACCCGUCGGUGCAACGGUAUCUUUUCGCAUGGCUGAAGUUGCCAAAUUUGCCCUGCAGAAUAUACGGAAAGCCUCCUCUACCUUCUCAA